AUGAAUCCAGAACCCGGCAAUCUCCCACCCACCACGCCCACAGUCGGAUUCAACCUGGAGACUAUUCAUUUUACCCGUGGGAGUCUUGUUAUCCGUGACUUUGGAGGCAGUGACACCAGUCGGGCACUGUGGACAAGCUAUUACAACGCAUCGGCAUAUAUCUUUGUCGUCUCUGCGAAGGAUAAGGAGCGCUUUCCUCUUGCAAAGCAAGAACUCGCCUGGGCGGCAUCACAUCAUAACCUUAAUGACUAUCCACUGCUUAUUCUUGUCAACAGACUUGGUGAAGAGGGUGCCGCUACACUAGACGAAGUCAAAGGGGCCUUGGAGGUCACAAAGCUCGAUGGAAUGAGGUGGGAUAUCAAGCCCGUCUCUGCAGAAACUGGCCAUGGAUUGAAAGCGGCGUUCUCCUGGCUCUUGGAACAAUUGUAG